AUGUCGGAGUCACGCGGCAGGCUGCUCGGCCUCGCGAUCGAUGGCCACCACCAUCAAUACCAGCAUCAACACCAGCACCAGCACCAGAUAUCCAGCCAUCACAGCCGGAUUGAUCGGCCUGAACCGCACCGUCCAGCCAUGCCGCCGGCGAUGGACCGAGAGGCUGACGGACAUGGCCCGAGGAACAAGGGAAAGCAGCCGAUGCUCUCGCCGCUGUUGGUCGCCUCGCAGUCAGCCACACCCUUUGCCUCGCUCGAGGACCUAGAGCCGCACAGGAUUCCGUUCGGACGCAAGCCUGUCGGCGCCGUUGCCGAUGCGUUGCAGCGUCUCGCCAGGCCGGCAUCGGCCAGCCAUCACUUUCACGCCCACGGCAGCCCUGCCUCGACGAGCAGGGGUACCGCCUCGGCCGACGCCACACCUCCGCUCUCGUCGCCCGCCCUGUUUGCGCCCACCGCCUUUUCCAAUCCAUCCACUUCGUCGCUCUCCUCGUACGGCGGCGCGCGCUCCCUCUCGCAGCGCAACUCGGUCUCGUCGCUGUCCGUCUCCGAGUUUGGCGGCUCCGUCUACGAUGACCCUCGCGCUAGCUGGGGUCGCAGCGGGAAGCGGCGCAGCAAGAGGUCCAGUCCGGACGGCGACGAGGGCUCGCAGCGCAGCCUCAACGAGCGCAAGGCGUACGGUCGCAUGCGCUCUCACACCGAGGGGUCUGCCUCGUGGGAUGCGCACCGCGCCGGCUCGCUCUAUGCCAGCACCAGCAGCUCGUCCCUCUCGUGGUCCUAUCGGCACCACUCGCAGCACCAGCGGCACCUCUCCGAAGGCCGCGCCCGCGGAAUCACCAGCAGCAGCGUCGGCCGGGCCGCUUCCACCGAAUCGCCCCGUCUGCCAAAGGAGAGGGUCGCCCCGCCCGCCUUGUCGUCGACGGCCAACCCUUCUGCCAGCAUCCCUUCAAGCCCGGGCAGGCGGCGGAACCCGGCCCGGAGGAGUGCGAGCAGCCUUUCCCGCGUGCUGGACGCAGACGAGGGUCAGCAGCCAUCCUCGUCUGUCUUGGGGAGCGGGAUCGGUGCGGCGUCGGCGCAGAGCCUGCGGCAGUCUCCUCGCGUCAGCACCUUCCAUCACGGAGACUGGUACGCUACCGAGCCCAGGGCGCCGGAUGGCUUCGCCUCGAUGAUGCGGCGGCGGUCCGGCGACGUAGCCAUGGUGGCCGCAAGGGGGGCGUCGGCGGCCAAGCGCAAGGGUAUGGGCCUGUUGCGCAGGGCUGGAAGCUUCGACGUGGCCACCGUCGGCGCUUCGACCUGGUCCACAAUCUCUCGGACGCCCAAGUCUCGCAGUCGGUCCAGCUCCAUCUCGUCGGACGCGCUCGUCUACGACCUGCGCGACGGCAAACGGCGCAGCUCGGCGGCGACAGCGCACAGCGUCGAUAGGCUGGAUGGCUUCUCGGCCGUGCGGCCGACGCAGUCGUCGUCGUCGGCUUCGUCCGGCGACCGGCGAGGACACGCCCGCAGCCUGUCCGACUCAAAGGGCUGGUCGAGUCUCGAACCUCCGCCGCCGCUGCGCAGCCCGCACUCGGCCAUGGUCGAGUGGGAGCGCGCAAUCGACCCCAUCAGUAGCGCCUCUUCCCCCAGGAUCGGCUUCAUGCGCUUCUCGCAGAUCACCGAGGCCGACGACGAAGACCCGGACCGCACCGAUGGCAGCCUUGAAAAGCGAGCUGCGGCUGUCGUGCCACCUUCGCAGGAUCAUCCUCCAUCAGCUGCUGCCCCAGCGCGAGGUUCCGAGGCUCCGGCUCCAUCGGAUGAGAAGAGACCGGCACCCAGCGAAGUCACGAUCCACCUUGGCGUGGCCUGUCCUGGCACGACAUCGGCAUCUGCGCCCAGGCCUCCAGCAACCGGACGCCGCAUGAGCCUUGCCAAGAAGUCGUACGCCGCUCUGAUCGAUCUGCUUAACCCAGCACUCUCCAAGGACGGGUUGAACGCUCAGCAAGAACCCGUACAGAGCCUUCCCGAAGCUGCCUAUGUCAGCGCGGCCAACGGCCGCGGCGGCGGAUCUGGCAAUCACAAUGGCGGUGGCUCGAACGAGGCCGGCGCUGGACGAGCAGCGGGCAGCGGCAACCGAGGCGGGACCGGCGGUGCAGGUGGUGGGAGGGGCCAUGCGCCUGGCGGUCCCUCUGGAGGAGGGGGCGGCGGCGGAGCCAACGGGAACGGCCACGGAGCCGGUGGCGGUGGCGGUGGCGGCGGAGGCAACUGGCCGAACCGUGGCAAAGCUGCGUCUGGUCGAAGCUCUCCGCCCGUCGAGCAGGCCUACCGGCGGCUAGAGCUGGUCGGUCGUGGUGCCUAUGGAGCCGUCUACCGCGGUCUCCACGUUGCGUCGGGCGCAGCGGUGGCGCUCAAGGUCGUCAAUCUCGACACGCCCGAGGACGACGUGAGCGACAUCCAGCGCGAGGUGGCGCUGCUGAGCCAGCUGCGAGAGGCGGACCAGAAGAACGUGGUCCGCUACUGGGGCUGCUGGCUCAAGGGCCCCGAGCUGUGGAUCGUCAUGGACUUUGCCGAGGGCGGCAGCGUCCGCACUCUGAUGAAGGCCGGGCCGGUGGCCGAGAGGUUCUGCGCGCUCAUCGUGCGCGAGACGCUCGUGGCGCUGGCCUACCUGCACAAGUCCGGCAUCAUCCACCGCGACGUCAAGGCGGCCAACAUCCUGCUCACCAACACCGGCCGCAUCCUGCUGUGCGACUUUGGCGUCGCAGCCUCGCUAGCGUCCAACAGCGCCCAGAGCAAGCGCUCGACGUUUGUCGGCACCCCGUACUGGAUGGCGCCCGAGGUCAUCACCGAGGGCAAGACGUACGACCAGAAGGCCGACGUGUGGAGCCUCGGCAUCACCAUCUACGAGAUGGCCACUGGCAACCCACCGCUCGCCGACAUCGAGCAGAUGCGCGUCAUCAUGCUCAUCCCCAAGAGCAAGCCGCCGCGCCUGCCUGUCGAAGGCGAAUUCUCGCCGGCGAUGCGAGACUUUGUCGCCUGCUGCCUCAACGAAGAGCCGCGAGAGCGCCUGACCUCCGAGGAGCUGACCAAGCACAAAUGGAUGAAGUCGUGCGCCAAGCAGCCAGUCGCCCUGCUCAAGGAGCUGAUCGCUCAGUACAAUGCCUGGACCAAGGCGGGCGGCAUGAGGAUGAGCCUGAUUGGCGCCGAGACCGCCGACUGGGGCGACGCCGGCAACCGCGACUCUUUCGCCUUUGAUGGGCACGAGAAUGGUGAGGCAUGGGAGUUCAACACGUGGCGCUCCGCCCGCGACCUGCAAGAAGCCGAGGACGAAGAGGACAUGGCGGCGGCGCCCCAGCCCAUUCGCGACCACCCGCUGCUUCGCCUGUUUGAGGCGGAGCCUGAUUUCAACAGUGCUCCUGGAGGCGCCAUGCAACCGACAUUGCGCAACAUGCAGACGCUCAAUGCGCGACCCGCGCCGCCUCCGCCACAGCAGCAGCAGCAGCAGCAGCAGCUCGAGCCAUCGUCGCAGCUGGCUACGCUCAAGCAGGCCAAAAGUGCCACCUCGGCCCCCGCGCAAGAGACACCGAAACAGGAAGGUCUUUCGACUGCCGCCACCGCGGCAAAGGCUGCGGCCGCGCAGGACAAGGCAAGCUUUGUCGGCACAGGUGCUACUCCAUUCCGCUUCGGAGCCGGCGGCGGAAGCGGUGUCGUUGGUCCACCGGCCUCGAGCGCGGCCCAGCCAUCUGUCGAGCUGGCUUCGACCACAAAGGACCCACAGGAUCGCUCACACACGCCAUUGCCUGCAGAGGGGCAGGCGAGCCCCGCAGGGCGCUCGACCCCGGAGGUCGCCACUCCGACUGCCACGCCGCAACCGGGAGAGAAGCCGUCGUCGCUCUCGAUCCCAUCUCAGGUGUCGACCCCGACGGGCGCGACGGAUCCGCAACAGGGUGCUGCGGCCCAGAUCCGGCCUGGUGUGGUGAUCCCAUCGCCAUCGACAGCGAUUUCGCCGGGUCCUCGAUCCGGGAUCGCUCUCGGCCAGCAGCGGUACCCUGGGGCGCACGGCAACGCUGCGCGCGCGUUGAUGGCGCACCAGCGUCAGUCGCACGGCGGGAGCGACCCCACGCUGCCGAGCAGCAGCCACACCAUCCACGGGCGCAACCUGCAGAGCCUGUGGGAGGGCGGGCCGGACACGAGCGCCUACGGGCGGCUGCGCAAGAUGCGCGGUGGCGACUGGGACGGCGGGCUGGCCACCAGCGGCAUGGGCGGCAUGAGCAGCAGCGGCGGCGAUGCAAUGAGCGCGGCGUCGGCCAUGCACACCCGGGGCAACGGUUCCGGCGACCAGAAUCCCGCCGUGGUCGACCGCAGUGCCGCCGUCGCCGCUGCAUGGAACCCGUACUCGCGGGAGCUGCCUCCGGGCCCGCCGAUCCGACCGCUUGACUUUGCCGCGCUGGGCACCAAGGACGACGUGCAUGCCGAGCUCGCGCGGACCGUCGACGAGCUGGGGCGCUGGCUAGACGUGCUCAGCAUCGGACUGGCUCGCGCCGUCAAGGUCGAUGCCCUGCCGUAG